AUGUUUACUCGGCCGGGCAUCCUUGUGGAUGCCUUUCCAUCGCCGUAUCCAAACGAGGAGGCUGCUCGCUAUGCCAAUGGCGGCGCGAACCCGCCAGAUCUCAGCGUUUAUACCACGGCCAAACAUGAAGGCUUGGAUUACAUUUUCGCCUUGCUUUUGGGUUACAGGGACCCUCCUGCUGGCAUCGACGUGCGCGAUGGGUUGUACUACAACGUGUACUUCCCCGGAGGCCUCAUCGGAAUGCCCAGCCCUCUGCACUCAGAUGGCCUGGUCGAUUACGAGGACGGCACCCCAUGCACGAAGUCGCAGAUGGCCAAGGAUGUCGUGAACUUUCUAUGCUGGGCUGCAGAACCAGCACACGAUGAGCGCAAGCUGAUCGGUUUGAAGGCCAUGUCCGCCUGCUUUGUCGGGACAUUCAUUGUUGGAUUUUGGUACCGCAGUAUGUGGAUCGGGUUCAAGACCCGGAGAAUUGAUUUCACGAAGGCCGUCAUGUGA